AUGACUAUCAUCUAUAUCCUUGCGCUCGCUAUCGCCGCGUUGUCCGUUGGCUCCGCGGCAUCGAACUAUCACGAAAACCUCCUCCUACAACCGCUUCCGCCCUCGUCCUUACUCGCCUCGUUCAAUUUCAGAAGCAACGCGACACAGACGUCAUUCCAGCAGCAGCAUUUCCGAUAUUUCCCUCGCGCGCUUGGUCAGAUUUUACAGCACGCAAACACCCGUGAACUCCACCUCCGGUUUACCACUGGGCGAUGGGAUUCUGAAAGCUGGGGCUCGCGUCCUUGGGACGGAGCAAAGGAAGGAGGCACCGGCGUCGAACUAUGGGCGUGGAUUGAGGCGGCUGAUGAUGAGAUAGCUUUCUCGAAGUGGAUUACAUUGACACAAUCGUUGUCAGGGCUUUUCUGUGCAUCGUUGAACUUUAUCGAUUCAACGAGAACGACGCGGCCUGUUGCAUCGUUCGAGGCUACCGGUCACCAUGUUGAUUCGGACAACCUGCACCUGCUCCACGGAACCCUUCCUGGCGAGGUUGUCUGCACGGAGAACUUAACGCCGUUCCUAAAGCUACUGCCUUGUAAAGGGAAGGCUGGGGUGGCUAGCUUACUUGACGGACAUAAGCUGUUUGAUGCUGCUUGGCAAAGCAUGGCGAUCGAUGUGCGCCCCGUCUGUCCGUCGUCGGGAGAAUGUCUGAUGCAAAUCGAUCAGACUGUAGACAUAGUGAUGGAUAUUGAGCGGUCAAAGCGUCCAAGAGUUCCUGCAGACAAACUUGUCUGUGACACUUCCAAGUCUUACCAUGCAAGGGACACUUGCUAUCCGUUAGAGACGACAGCCGCGAAAAGCUGGAGCAUAUCGGAGCUCUUCGGGCGCACUGUUAGUGGCUCAUGUCCCUUGAUGGAUACGCAAGAGAAGACUGUUUGCCUCCGCGUUCCGCCUACACAGGAAGUGCGUCCUUCGCCAGAGUUGGUGAAUGCGAGAUUUUAUGAUCAGUUCACUCGCUGCUAUACGCCACCGUCGUCCGAGCCUUUCGACUUGGAUGUCCCAGAGCAAGCUGCCAUAAAUAUUACUAGCAGUGUCCCGCUUGAAGAGCCCGUUCUCCAUGCUGAGCGGACAAUUGUCGGACACGGGCAGGAGCGAGGGGGAAUGCGCAUUAUCUUCGAUAACCCUUCGAGUGAGAAGCCCGUCGAUUUCAUCUACUUUGAAUCUCUUCCCUGGUUCCUACGACCUUAUAUCCACACACUUCAAUCAACCAUCACCGGCCCCGAUGGCGUUCGUCGACAAGCCCCGACCACCGAUUUUAUCAGAGAGACCUUUUACCGCCCUGGCGUUGACCGCGAGCGCGGGACACAACUAGAACUCGCCCUGUCCGUUCCACCCGCUUCCACCGUGACUCUUACCUACGAUUUCGAGAAGGCUAUCCUGCGCUAUACUGAGUACCCGCCCGACGCAAACCGAGGGUUCAAUGUCGCCCCGGCCGUUAUUAAGAUCGCCGCCUCAAAGCCUAUCUAUAUCCGUACAACGAGUCUUCUCCUCCCCCUCCCGACACCCGAUUUCAGUAUGCCAUACAACGUCAUCAUCCUUACGAGCACGGUGAUUGCGCUUGCCUUUGGCAGCAUCUUCAAUUUGCUCGUGCGCCGCUUCGUCACUGUCGAAGAAGCGGCCGCGCUUCGGGCGCAGACAUUCAAGGGCCGCCUGGGUGGGAAGAUUGUUGCCCUACGCGAUCGGAUACGUGGAAAGAGCGCCAAGGUGGAAUAG